GCUUCCAAUAUGACAGCGAUGAAUUUCACACUAAAAACGUCACCAAUUUUACCUUCUGUUCAAACAAUUUCAAAUUUCUCAGAUCCAUUCGCAUUACAGUUUCCUGAGUUAAAUUCAAGCUCGAAUGUUGAACUCUUACAAAAUUUAUCGCAGACAAACAUUACUUUGUCAUGA